AUGCCUUGCUUACGCAUUAAUCUUAGUCUCUUCAUUCUACUUCCUUCUCUGGCCUCGACAGCAACAAUACUCAACACUGUUCAAGUACCCACAGAAUGCAAAACCUGCCCUUACACGCUCUGCCCCAACAAAGCAGCCUACAGCAACAGCCAAAGCAUCACCCUCAGCUGCUGGACCGAAGGAACAAACAUCGUAGAUGAUACCACCUGGCUCAAAUCCCAAGACAACUGCUUCGUCACCCAAUACGACCUCCUCGAAUACCCCGGCGACUACACAACCGCCCUCCCCUCCUGCGGCGACAUCCUUCCCUCUUACACCCGCACCACCGCCCGCACCCGCUACAUGACGGACUGCUACUUCACGCCCGCCGUCAACGAGAAGAGACUCGCGCCUAAACACUACAAAUACGGCAUCGACCUCCCCCUCCUCUGCACCGCGCACAACCGCAGCGCGCUCAUGGGCAGGACGACGUGGUUCAAGACGCCGUCGAACUGCUACGUGCAUGAGACGACGCUGUGGGAUGUUGAGGAUGCGGAUGAGCUGGAUGAUUGCGGGCCGCUGCCGCCGGGGUUGACGCCGGAUGAUCAUGUGCCGGAGACGACGACGACGACGAGUAGUGUAGUGGCGAAGCAGACGGGGGGAGUGCGAGAGAAGGGGAGUAGGACUGGGACUGGGACUGGGAUAGGGAAGAGAUGGCUGUACAACACGACGAUCGGCGAGGAAUAUGUGAAUUGCACGGAGAAAGCGUCAGUUAUGCCGAGUCAGACGAGACGCGUGUAUGAGUUUGGGCAGGCUGUUGUGCCGCAGUGCGCGACGUGGGGGGAUUCGGAGCGCGGGAAUGGGACGGGGAUCAUUUUCUUGUUUACGACGGAUUUCUCCUAUGUAAGGGAUUGGGAGACGGAUCCGGGGUUGAGGGAGGACUUUUAUCGCGAGAAUUACUAUCCACCCUGCGAGUGGUUUACAGACACGGAGUCUUAG